UGGGGGAGUGGCUGGACACGCACCAUGGGGCUGACUGUGGGCUGCGUCGUGGUGUGUGAGCAUGAGUUUGUUCCCGAAAUGGAUGAUGAGCUGCACAUGAAGCCGGGCCAACGCGUUCAAAUCAUCACAAACCUGGCUGCGCCGGAGGACGCUGAUCUAUGGUCGACGGGUCUCAACCUCGACACGGGCAAGGCUGGCAUGUUCCCAACAGAUGGUUUCUGUCGCCAAGCUACUAUCGAGGAAACAAAGGGGCUACCCGUGACGACGAAAAGCAAAACACCGGUCUCGCCACUCGCCAAUGGCACCGGCACAAACGGCAGCAACAACAAGGACACAAUCAACAACACCCCGGCCAACGACGACAACAACAAUGAAAAUGACACAGCCAGCAGCAAUAACAACACCACCCACAGCGAUGGCAGCCCCACGCACGCCAACAACAACAACAACACGACAACAGCCGGCGUUGCCGCAGAAGACGAAGCACCAUCAGGAGCACCUGCACCGCCCGUCCAGUUUUCGUUUGCAGACGAUGACAUUGACAGUGGCGACGGGGACAGGAUGGAAAAGGACAACAAGCAGAGCGGUGUUGACGAGUAUUUACAGAUCAGCGGCUUUGUGAAUGGCGCGCACGCGUGCGAGGAUGGGGAGAUCGAAGCAGAGGGCGUGAACAAGGCGGAUACUCGUGGCGUUGAAGAUGAUUUCAUUUACAGCGGGAACGGGCCUGUCGCGAUACAACAGCACGACAGCGAGGAGCAUGGAGAGUCAUCACCACCACCACCACCACAGGAGCAGCAACAGCAUGACCAACAGCAGCAACAGCAGCACUCUGCAAAGCCUGUGUUGGUGUUGCUGCCGACGCAGGAUGAGGAGGGGACGGUGCGCGCAGAUGUAUCAGAGACGGUGGUGGACGCUGUUGAAGAAUUGUCCAACGAGCAGCAGCAGCAGCAGCAGCAACAACAACAACAGCAGCAGCAACAACAACAACAACAACAGCAACAACAACAACAACAACAACAGCAACAACAACAACAACAACAACAGCAACAACACCAACAACAACAACAACAACAGCAACAACAACAACAACAACAACAGCAACAACAACAACAACACGCAGGUGCCAGCGGCGGGCUUGGCGUGUGCGUGGUGCCGCCGUUGCCGUCAUCAGAAGCAGCGACAACACCGAGUGAUGAUGGUGAGCCACGACUCAACAGCAGUCGACAGAGCGCCCUCUCCUCCCUCUCGUUCCCACCGGCCCCGCCGCCAGGGUUUGACGACAGCCAAGAGCAGCCCACCCGCGCCGACAGCAGAUGCGAUGGCAGCGACAGGUACGACGCCAGCCCUCACCCCCACCGCGCCCUUGACCAGCAACAGGCACAGCAUCAGGAAAAGCAACACCACCAACGCCAGCAGCAGCGGCCGCUGUCCGUGAGCAUGGACGACGCGACCACCUCGAUCCUGGGCAGGAUUCCGCCACCACAGGUCCCGGAUAUGCACUCGCCGCCGGCGCCAUCAACACCAACAUGGCUUGAGCGGCAACGCAGUGACACCGACAGCGCAGGCCACGCCUCCCCUUCACUGUCCUCUCGCCACCAUCAACAGCGACAGCACCACCAGCAGCGCCCGCUGCAUUCCACACCGGUGUCAGCCAGUGCUGGGGCGGGAUCUGAUGGGAGAAUAGGCGAGCGCGGGCGCCGCCCAGCCUGGCGUUCGCGGUGGCUGUCGGCCAUUACAUCUGCAUUGAAUCGGUUGUCGCCUCGCGGGUCGCCGUCUCGCAGCCGCCAGCCGCCGCCGUCGUCCCUCACAUCCCCAUACCGCCCCCACGGCGCUCUCGCUUCUGCCAACAACGCCGACAAUGAGGACAAGACCAACACCACUUACGGCAAUGACAACAACAGCAACAUGGGUGUGAAGAGCACUGCACCCAACACCGCCACCAGCGGCACCCCCGCUGCUGCGCGUACACACGAGGGCGUGAUGAUGCGACCUCGGACAGGGAGCGCCAGCAUUCGCGCGGCGUUUGGGCGACAGCGGCGGCAGCAGCAGCAGCAGCAGGCCGUCACGGCCGCGGACAUCGUCGCGCCCAUCACGGCCGGUCCCGUGCUGACACGCCCCGCACACGUCACGACGCAGCGUGGUGACGACAAUGAUGAUGUUGAUGCGGUGAGUGGAGGGGCAGCAAGUGCACUGGAUGUUGCACUCGCCGAGCCAGCGCCCGCAGCGCAGCACAACAUCAGGCACAGCGUGUUUAUAGGCACGUCCCGCACGCUGCAGCUGGAGCCAGAUGAACCCACAAACGAACAAGAACACGAACACGAACACGAACACGAACACGAGCGAAGUGGUGAUGGGAGUGAGCGUGGAAGCGGUGCGCAGGUAUCGGAGGUGGAGUUGGACUUUACUGUUGAGGGGCGGAGGAAGCAGGGAGUGGAGGGUGAUGGAGGUGUGCACAGGCGUCAACCAGAAGAGGGAGGACGCCUGCGGGCUGGUGGUGAUGGUGGUAGCAGCAGCAGCAACAACAACAACAACAACAGUGGUGAUGGUGGUGGUGGUGGUGAUAGCAAUCGCAGCAGCUGGGGCCAGCAGUACGACGAGGACGGGGCGCCGGCGUCGCACCAACCAGAUGCUCUCAUGCCCAUGCGCGAGGAAGCGCGGUCCCACCGUGCACGCGACCUGCUCAACCUGGAGGCGCGGCGCGUGACGCUGACCCGCGGGCCGGCCGGCUAUGGCUUCUCUAUCAACGGCGAGUCACCCGUGUUUGUGCGCACGGUGCUCAAGGGUGGGCCGAGCGACAACGGCUACAGGGGCCUGCUGGUUGGAGAUAUCAUUCUCAAGGUCAAUGACACGCCCUGCCCGCUUGGGCCCCGUGCAGCAGUGGUCGACCUCAUUCAGUCCACACCGGAAGAUGAGCCUCUGGUGCUUGUUGUGUGCCGCACGCCCCGUGCCAGGCGCCGCCCCGCCUCGUAUCACUCCAUCGCAUCACCCGAUCACCAGCAGCAGCAGCAGCAGCAGCAGCAGGGGCUGCUGGGGGUCUCUGCACACGACCCGCGCCUGGCGCUGCUCAUGCCGCCAACGCCAUCACCAUCCGCAACAACAGCAGCAACAGCAGUUCCUGCCAGCGACCACGAUGGUGGUGGUGGCCCGCUGUCGUUGUCGUCACCAGCUGCACCCGCCGUGCCCAUUGCCCCGCGCGCGCCUCGCCCCGUCUCCAUUGCGGACGUCGACUUUGACCCGCGGAUUGCGUCAGGCCCAGCCAGCGCUGACGCAAGCAUGGCGGCCAGCACUAGCUCCAGCAUGGUUGCCUAUGCCAUGAACCAUUCCGUGGCCGUCAUCAGGCAAAAGCUGCAUCUUCGUGACAUCCGCUCCCCAGACAUGACUGGGUGGAUCCGCAAGUCAUGUCGCCUGGGCAGUCUGCGCACGUGGCGCCGGCGAUAUUUCGUCAUGUACGGGCGUUCCCUCGCCUACUUCCGCUCCAGCAGCCCCGCCGCAACAAGCCUCGGCAUCGUGGAUCUAGCCAACUGCCGGCUGAAGGUGUCAAGGCGGGACAAGCGCGAGCCAACAUUCGUCAUCGAAUCCGCAAACUGGAAGCCCCUCCUCCUCAAAGCAGACAACAUCAACCACUUGAGCAAGUGGCGCGGGGCGAUUGAGCAGGCCAGUCGGCGAUACGCGUUUGGAGCGACGGAGACGGGGACAGCGGAGGGCUUGGGCACGAACCCGACAAGCCCGACAAGCCCGACAACCAAGGUGGUGGACAGGACGCUUGGACACUCGUUCCUCGACACGACAACAGCAUCCACGGCCGGCCAGGAGCCGGAGUCUGCCUCCCCCUCGACGGCACGACCAACGUCGUUCUCUGCCGACGAUGAGUUCUCGUCCACGCUCGCGUACCUCAAGUCCCUCCAACGCGGGGAGGCGAGCGAUGAUGAUGAUGAUGAUGAUGAUGAUGGUGAUGGUGAUGGUGAUGGUGGUGACAAUGGUGGUACGGGAGAGGACAGGGCGGAAUCUGCUGUUGGUUCGUCCAUUGCCGGCAUGACCGCAGCCCCGCCGCCGCCGCAAUCGUCGUCACCAUCGAUAACACCAACAAGAGCAGCAAAAUCAGCAGCCACAGAAGUGGGCGGAUUGCGGCCGCACACAGGCGCGAGCCGGCCCCUCAGCGUGGUGAACGGGUCUGUGGAUCCACACGCGUCACCGAUGCACGCGCCGCUACCUGCUGCGUGGGGCAACAGCGCAGCGCGGGUGGGGAGUGUCGCUGACAGCGGCGUCGCCGAUGACGCUUGCGCUCCACCGCCCCAGCACCAGCACCAGCACCAGCACCGCGGGAGCGCAGCGUGGAGUGCAUCAUCAGCAACAGCAGCAACAGCAACAAUAGCAACAGCAACAGCAACAGCAAGAGCAAGAGCUGCAUAUGGGUCUGACACCAGUGCGUAUACCGGCCAUGGCGAUGGCGACGCCCCAGCUCAUGCUUCCGUCGGCAGCAGCCGUCAUGCCACUGCUGUGUCACCGCCCAACAACACAGAGGCAGCAACCACAGCAGGCGUGAUGGCAGCAGGGAUCACCACCACCACCAACUCCACUGCCAGUAGCUCCUCGCGGCCCAUCAUCUCUGCUCCUUUGCAAUUUGUGACGCACCGUGCCAGCGCAGCAAAGGCCGGUGGUGGCGGUAGCGGUGGCGGUGGCGGAGUGGUGAAGGAUAUGGGACGGCUGGACACGAGGGCAGCACCAGGAGCGGAGGCAGAGGGCGCCGUGUUUGCACUGCCAGGCAUGCAGAUUGAAGACGUUGACGUGGAUGACGACUUGGAUGAUCACGAUGAUCACGAUGAUCAUGAUGAUCAUGAUGGUGAUGAGGAAGGGUGGGCGAGUGACAGCGGCUCUGUACCCCGUGAACGGCCCAUGAGCAUGGUGCUGACCAAUGGCAUGCUCGCCGACAUCGAAACAGACAUUUGA